GCUGGCUUUGCUGGGGAUGAUUCUCCAAGGGCUGUUUUCGAAAGUAUAGUUGGUCGUCCUCGUCACAAUGGCGUCAUGCCUGGAAUGGGGCUAAACGACUAUGUUGGUGAUGAAGCUCUGAAUAGAAGAGGUAUUUUGACUCUGACAUAUGCCGCUGAACAUGGUAUCAUAAGAAACUGGGAUAAUAUUGAGAAACUCUGGCACCAUACCUUUUACAAUGAACUCGGUGUUGCUCCAGAGGAGCAUCCCAUUCUUCUGACCGAGGCACCAUUUAACCCCAAGGCUAACCGAGAGAAAAUGACUCAAAUCAUGUUUGAGACAUUCCAUGUGCCAGCCAUGUAUGUUGCGAUCCAGGCUGUUCUCUCACUGUAUACUAGUGGCCGUAAAACUGGUAUUGUGAUUGAAUCUGGUGAUGGGGUGAGCCACGUUGUCCCCAUCUAUGAGGGACAUGCACUUGCCCAUGCUAUCUCGCAGUUAUUUCUUAGUGGUCGUGAUCUUACAGAGUAUCUCAUU